UAACCUCGUAAUUAUAGCGAGUGUGAUUUGCCUUUGACUUUUAAGGAAUGAUCAGGAGAGGGCGCACGGUGAACUAAACAGCUCUGUGUUUACCAUUUCACGCUGCUUUCCGGGCGGAUUUAAUGUAUUUUAUCCUCUUUGCUGAUUUGAGCUCCACGGAGUCACAGACAGCUGAUCCAGCCUGGCGUUGGCCAAAAUCGCAGUUUACGACACGUUUCAGGAAUCCCGUGGUUUUCUGGCCUGACAGAGAGGCUGAGAGUUGAGGAGCUCGAAAUCUUGAAUUUUUUUUUCGGAAUAUGUUCUUGUUGACAGGUGGAGUUGAAGGAUAUCAACAUUAGAGGAAAUAAAACUUUUGUUAAAUUUUACUGUUAUAAGGGUGCGAAUGUUGAGCCGCACUGCAACUGUAAAACUGACGCAUGAUUAACGAUGAAUGUAGAGAAAGUUUUUGAAACCUUUCUCCCUUUGCCCUCCCGGUCCUGUUAAUCGAGGUAGAUGGAUGUCUUAAGUCACUUCCUCUGACUGGUGAACAGUGGGGCCAGUUCAACAUACAGGACUGCACAUCCAUUUAUGUAAACUUCAGCUGAUGUCGACGCAGUGCAGCCUGCGUCUCUAUGCCGUUCUGUAUUUGCGUUUGUGCGCCGUGUUGCUGCGUUAUCACUUGUAGUUCCGUGUAUGUUGCGUGCAUUUGCCACGUGAUCCACGACUGUUUUGAUCCAGAUGCAUUUGUGAAUUUGGAGCAAUGCCAAUCGACAAGGAAAUCCGUGCACCUUCCUUUCGUUACAGCCAGUUUAACUGAAGCAACGAAAGCGAUCGUUACCGAUCAAUUGCACCCGGAAUUGAAAGUCGCAUCCGUGUAAUCAAGGACAUUAGUUACAAAGGCGAGGAGUUUCACUUCGAAUUUGUUGUUUUUAAGGUUGUGCAAUAGUUUCCAGUUUUGUGAGGAACACGUAGGAGCUCCUUGCUACAGAAAGUGGUCGGAUAAAGACAUGGUGUUGAUCUUGGGCCGACGCAUUAGCAGGGAUGACAACCACUACCAUGACUCACCCAUCACCAAACGCAAAGUCUUUGAGAUUGAACAGAAGCCCUUGGCUGGUCAAGAGGUUUAUGACUUCUCCUCAGGCUCAUCCCAUGCCGAGAGCAUCCUGGAGAUGUUGAAUGAAUUUCGGAACAGCAGACUAUUCACUGAUGUGGUUAUCUGUGUGGAGGGCCGAGAGUUCCCCUGCCACCGCGCCAUCCUCUCCUCCUGCAGUAGCUACUUCAGAGCCAUGUUCUGCAACGAUCACCGUGAGAGCAGGGAGAUGCUGGUGGAGAUUAAUGGUAUAUUUGCCGAAGCCAUGGACCAAUUCCUGCAAUAUGUCUACACAGGGAGGGUAAGAAUCACCCCAGACAAUGUACAGUAUCUCUUUGAAACUUCUAACCUCUUCCAGAUAAAUGCCAUCCGAGAAGCAUGUGCCAAAUUCUUGGAGGAGCAGCUUGAUCCCUGCAACUGCCUGGGCAUCCAGAAGUUUGCCGACACACACUCCCUGAAGUCUCUGAACUCCAAGUGCAAAGGCUUUUGCCUGCAGAUGUUCUCGGAGGUUGCUCAACACGAGGAGUUCCUGGGGCUGGAGAAAGAUGAGCUGAUUGACUACGUCUCAAGUGAUGACCUGGUGGUCAGCAAGGAAGAGACGGUAUACGAGUCAGUGAUGCGUUGGGUCUAUCAUGACAUGGACCAGAGGAGGCCCAUGAUGAAGGAGGUGCUGACCCAUGUCAGGCUCCCCUUAUUACACCCCAAUUACUUUGUGCAGACGGUGGAAGGAGAUCAGCUGAUCCAGAAUUCUCCUGAAUGCUACCAACUCCUCCACGAGGCCAGGAGAUACCAUGUACUUGGUAAUGAGAUGAUGUCACCACGGACUAGACCUCGCAGGUCUACAGGUUACUCUGAAGUUAUCGUGGUGGUGGGAGGCUGUGAGCGGGUGGGAGGCUUCAAUCUGCCUUACACAGAGUGCUACGACCCAGGGACUGGAGAGUGGAGGUCGCUGGCCAAACUUCCAGAGUUUACCAAGUCCGAGUAUGCAGUAUGCGCCUUGAGGAAUGACAUCCUGGUAACAGGUGGCAGGAUCAACAGCCGUGAUGUGUGGAUGUAUAACUCUCAGCUCAACAUCUGGAUGCGAGUGGCCUGUUUAAACAAAGGCAGGUGGCGCCACAAAAUGGCUGUCCUUCUUGGCAAGGUCUACGCUGUGGGCGGCUAUGAUGGCCACAAUCGACUGAACAGUGUGGAAUGCUACGACUCUUUCUCCAACCGCUGGAUUGAGGUUGUGCCACUUAAGGAAGCCGUCAGCUCGCCAGCUGUUGUCAGCUGUGUCAGUAAGCUCUUUGUGAUUGGAGGAGGACCUGACGACAACACGUGCUCUGAUAAGGUUCAGUGUUAUGACCCUACAACCAGUGUUUGGCUGCUGCGUGCCCCCAUUCCCAUUGCUAAACGAUGUAUUACUGCGGUGUCCUUGAAUAACCUUAUAUACGUGGCUGGGGGUCUGACCAAGUCCAUCUACUGCUACGAUCCAGUUGAGGACUACUGGAUACAUGCGGUGAAUACCUUCAGCAGACAGGAGAGCUGUGGGAUGUCGGUAUGCAAUGGGAAGAUCUACAUCCUGGGUGGCAGAAAAGAAACAGGAGAGGCCUCUGAUACCAUCACAUGUUACGACCCAGCAACAGGAAUCAUCACAGCAAUGGCAGCCAUGCCCAGGCCCAUUUCCUACCAUGGCUGCGUGACAAUCCACCGAUACAAUGAGAAGUAUAGGCCUUGAAAGAGGAUCUCCAGCUCCCACCCAAUGCCAAUUGGUAGAGAGAGACAACCUAACUAAAACUUCCUCUGGAGGAAUGGUGUCUGCCUCUGAGGGUUCUAUAUAAGACAAUUAUUUUCCUGUAGCACAUUCUUAAAAAAAUGUUGAGCCUCAUUUCAAGCAUUUUAUGAUACUGAUAUAGUUAUAGAUCAGAAUCCAUUUCCUGAGUUCCCAGUGGUAAGAAUACCAAAUCUGUGGCACUGCAGGCAGUUAUGCCACUUGCCCACAUGCCUGCGUCCCUUAGAUAAUUAUGGACUGUGAAUCGUCCAUUCAGUUACAUUGCCUCAUCUCUCUUGAUCCAAUAUAUCAAGUGCUAAUUUACUUUAAAAAAUACAAACAUCGAUAAUACAUUACUGCUGCUUCCUCCACCAAUGCAGAGCUCUUUGAGUUCAUCAACUUUGCCUCCAACUUCCACCCUGCCUUCAAAUUUACCUGGUCUAGUUCUAACACCUCCCUUCCCAUUCUCGAUCUCCCUCUAUCUCUGGAGACAACUUAGCUAUUGAUGUGUAUUAUAAACUCACUGACAUUCACAACUACAUUGACUAUAUCUCUUCACACCUAUUUACCUGUAAAAAUGCCACCCCAUUCUCUCAAUUCCUCUGUCUCCGCCGCAUCUGCCCUUAGGAUGAGGCUUUUCAUUCCAGAACAUAGGAGAUGUCCUCCUUCUUCAAGGAAAGGGCUUCCCUUCCUCCACCAACAAUGCUGCCUUCAACUGCAUCUCUUCCAUUUUGCACGUCUGCCCUCACCCCAUCUCCCGCCACCCUACCAGGGAUAGGGUUCCUCUUGUCUUCACCUAUCACCCCACCAGCCUCCGCGUCCAGCAAAUAAUUCUCCAUAACUUUGGCCAUCUCCAAUGGGAUCCUACCAUCAAGCACAUCUUUCCCUCUCCCCACUUUCUGCUUUCCACAGGGAUCACUCCCUAUGUGACUCCCUUGUCCAUUCAUCUCUCCCCAGUGAUCUCCCUUCUGGCACAUCCUUACAAAUGGAGCAAGAGCUACACCUGCCCCUACACCCCUACACCUCCUCCCUCACUACCAUUUAGGAACCCAAACAGGUGAGGCGACACUUCACCUGUGAGUCUGUUGGGGUCAUCUAUUGUAUCUGGUGCACCCACUGUGGCCUCCUGUAUAUCAGUGAGACCUGUCGUAGAUUGGAAGACCGCUUCGCUGACCAUCUACGCUUCGUCCACCAGAAAAAGUGGGAUCUCCCAGUGGUCACCCACUUUAAUUCCACUUCCCAUUCCCAUUCCGAUAUGUCAAUCCAUGGCCUCUUCCACUAUUGCGAUGAGGCCUCACUGAGGUUGGAGGAGCAACACUUUAUAUUCUGUUUGGGUAGCCUCCAACCUGAUGGCAUGAGUAGAUACUUUAACUUUCGGUAAUGCCUCCCCCCACCUUCACCAUUCCCCAUUCCCUUUUCCCUCUCACCUUAUCUCCUUGCCUGCCCAUCACCUCCCUCUGGUGCUUCUUCCCUUUUUUUCCAUAGCCUUCUGUCCUCUUCUAUCAGAUUCCCCCUUCUCCAGCUCUGUAUCUCUCUCAUCAAUCAACUUCCCAGCUAUUUACUUCACUCCUCAUCGGUGAGCACGGUACACAUGUGUUUGAGUGGAGUUUGCAUGUUCUCCCUGUGACUGUAUGGGUUUCCUCCGGGUGCUCUGGCUUUGUUCCAUAUCUCAAAUUCAUGAGGGUUGGUAUGUUAAUUGACUGCUGUGAAUUGCCCACAUUGUGUAGUUGAGUGGUAGAAUUUGUGACAACAUUGAUUGGAAUAUGGGCAAGUAAAAUUAGUUGGGUAGGAUUUGUGUAAAAAUGAGUGUUUGAUGUGAUCACUGUUAUGGGCAAUAUUUCCAGCAUAAUGGAAGACACAAUAUAAAAUAUAAUUUUCAAUAAUGUUUAAGAGGAAGUUAAUAAAAUGAUUAAUAUUGCCAUAGGAUCACCAAAUCUAGCAAUUUAAUGUAUGAUACCUUCACCAAGCCUAGGUAAUAUCUAUUUUCAUAGAACUUGAUUCAUGAAUUGAACUUCCUGAACCUCAAUUUGGAGAUCUUGUUAUUUUUAAAUUAAAACUCCCAAUAACUUAUUUGCAUCACUGGGAACUUUAGAAUGCAUGGAAUGGAUUACAGGAGUAUGUAAAACCAAUACAUCACAUGUUGCAAGGUGAACCAAGAACUUUUAGGUUUGGAAGCUGAAUUAUGCUGGGUGACUUAAGAGACGGGUGAGAAAUGGACUUGGCACACCGCCUGCACAGAUCUAUAUUUUGCAUCUUAUUGAGUAUUCUGUUAUAGAUAUUUGUUUUUCUUUUCUUUUGUUGUCAACUGGAGGUUGGGAAGCAUUACCUGAACUUGGAAUCGGUUAACUAAUCUUGGAUAAUUGGCUUACAGUAUCCAUCUGAUCAACCCUAAAAGCUUAUGUAGGGUGUGCACAUUCACGACUAUGGAGGCUAAAAUGUCUGCAGUCGGGCAGAAAAUUGUAUAACACAAAGCUUUAUUCAUGGCUAAACACUCACCCGAAUAAUAUCUUUAAUUAUCUAAGUGGAAUACCUGGUGCUUGAAAGCAGCAGGAAUUGCAAAACUUGGGUUUCCAUCUGUGGACUAUCACCCUGCUGCCUUUCCUAGCCCUCCACUUCUGUCAAGGAAAUAUUCAAAAUGCACUAUGUUGGGUGACUUCAGUUUAUAUAUGCUUUUUAUUUAACUUAAUUAUUUUAUGUUUUUGUAUAUAUUAUUUUAAUGUUCAGCUCAGUGACAGUUUUUUUGUAAAUUAUGUCUUGCUACAUUAUGCUAUUUCUAGUGCACAGCUCAGUGAGGAAUUGCUAUUGAUGAGCACAUACUGAGAUCUGAAUUUGGCAUAAAAAUUCUACAGGAAUGUAGUAAGAGUAUUAAUGACUCAAUCACAAAGGUCAAAUGGAGCUGUUAUUUUUGCCACAACAAGCCAUUAAUUUUGCCUCUUCUAUUUUUGGAUUUAUCUAAAAACGAACUAUCUUGGGAGGAGACAAACUCUGAAUUACAGAAAAGUGCCUGUUGAAUUAGUGGCCAUUGAUUUGUUCAAGGAGCAGUUUGGGCAGACUGCUCCCAGUGCAACAGCCAAUUAGUGGAAUGGGUCUGUAGGCCCAGAAGAAAGGGCCAGUCAUUGGUAUUCUGGUCCCUAGUACUAACUUGUAUACCUUGUGAAUCAGGUUUACUGAUUAAUAGCAUGCAGGAGGCUGCGAUGACAUGUACAGCUUCGGAGAAUGCAGUGGAGAUGGAAAUGUUGUUCCCCAUUUGCCAGGAGUUAAUCUUCUGACAGGUAGAUCAUCCUAGGCCAAAUAGAUUUAAUAAGAGAUGAUUGAUAAUGCUGGAGUAAACAACUUGCUUAAACAUAAUGAAUUCUCCGCUGAGCUUUUGGUGAAAGAAUGGGAGUCAAUAGUCAGGCAGAUUCUAAGGAGAGUGAGAUAAAGCAAUGAAGAAAAAGAGACUUCAACAGAGAAAAAUAGGCAAGGAAUGUGUGAUAUUAAUGAGACUUAGCCAUAACUCCAGCCCCAGCAGCUGAUGUUGUUAUACUUUUCAAUUAUAUUUUAUACUCCUGACAUAACCCAAUGGCCUCAAUGUUCCGUUAGCAAAUGAAAAUCUUACAGCCUAAAGGCUUUCAUAGCUCUUAACUUUGAGCAAAAGUCAACAUUUGCUGUCCCCAAACUCUUCAUGGAGUGUUACAAAAGAAAAGUAUUAUUAGGAUCUCAGUGCAACUUUGUCAGAUGGAAAGAUGGCAGGAAAGAUUUUGCUUAAGUGCACUGAGAAUGUGCAGUCAAAGGUAAUAACCAGACCCUUUCAGGGCUGCUGAGAGCUUGAAGGCAGAUCUCCUAUGACCAACUGUGCCUUUUGUGAACGGACUUUACCGUCCCUAGUGCAGGGUUGCAAAGUAGGUAUUUUAUCACAUUUUGUUGUAUGUUGUGCUUAUCUAUGUAUAAUCUUCAGCACUGAGGUGGUUAUAUUUUAGUUGUACAAGACAAGAAUAUUUUUGUGUAAACUGCUGGAAAACAAUGUCAAUUUGGUGCAUGAUGUACAAGAAAAACGAGUCUUUGCAUUAAUUAACUCUGGCAGUGAUGCACAGUAUGGUUGUGGCUGUUACUGUAUAUCCACCAACCGCCCUGUAAUCUGGAUGAAAAUGCAAAUAGUGUGUAUUACAAAUCCAGCAAAUAUUAAGUACUUUUGAAUAACUCCAAUCACGAAGGCUCAAAGUGAUACAGUUUAUUUAAUGGUUUAAUCACAGAAUUUGGAUUAAUGGAAAUUGCAGUUCACUUCCAAGUAUCCAUUCUUCUACAUAAAGCAAUCUGUACUUUAUGGUUAGAUUCCACCUGGGUAGCUCUCUUCCCAAGUAUUAGUUACUGUAUGGAACGCACCGACCUUCAGUGUAAGUAUGAACAUUUAAUCAGAUCUGCUCAGUAGCAAGGAAGAGAAGCUGUCAUUUUGAGUUUGUAUUUCAGAAGUAGUGGGUGUAUAUUUUUCAGAGGGUAAGGGACAUUUUUUAAAGCUGUAAGUAACUGGUAACCUUUUUUUUUACAAAUAAAUGAAUUGCAAAAUGGUUGUUAUUUUUGUAACAGUUGGCUUGUCUUCAAGACAGAAUAUGCUUUAUAUUUGUUAUGUAAAGUGUACUUUGGAUGUAGAGAAACUUGUGUUUUGAGGGUUGUGCAGUAUGUUUUAAGCUUGAAAAGAACAAUGUGUAGAAAAUGUGAAGUCAAUAAUAAUAUUCUAGUAUGUAGUGUCAUCUAGAUAUCUGAUUGAUGAUGCAUUGGAUAUUCUAUCUCUGGGAUUUUGGUAACUUUUUGGCCCUUUAAGCCACCAGUCUCUCCUUAAAUCCUUGCAUUGCUUUCUUUUUUUUAAUGUGUUCCUUUAAAAGCCACUUUUUUGAGCAAGGAUUGAUCAUCAAAAUCAUAAUAAAGCUCCU